GCCUCAGCUCAACCCAGCCAGUUCACCUGGCGCCAUGUUCGGUCUUCGUACUCUGGUUGCAUCCUUGCUGAGCUUGGCCGCCGCGAUCCACGCCAAGUCGAGCACUGGCGACUCGGUCCUCGUCGUCCUCGAGCCGAGCUUGAAGCGCGACGACUUUUCUAUAUUCUUCGAUGAUCUAGAGGGACAAGGUUACAACCUCACGUUCCGGGCACCGAAGGAUGCUUCGCCUGCCAUCAUCGAGGAUGGCGUGCCGUCGUUUUCGCACAUCAUCUUGUUCUCUCCGGAAACCAAGGCCUACGCCCCGGAUAUAACCCCUCAGGCGCUCGUCAGCCUUCUUGAGCAGGGCGUCAACAUCCUCUUCACCCUCGGCAGCAAACAGACUCCUCUCUCGUCUCUCGCGACCGAAUUCUCGCUCAUCCUGCCACCACCCGGCACGCCCCUCCUCUCACACUUCCCCGCGCGCUCCGAGCCGGCUUCCGUCAUCCCGAUCCCCGUCCCGCCCUCUACCUCGGUCUCGCCCAUCUUCACCAAGAGCCUCGCCCCGGUCUGGUUCAGCGGCGUUCCCUUCGCGCUCGGCAACAACCCGCUGCUCGUGCCGCUGCUGCGCGCGCCCGCGGAGAGCUUUGCGGCGGACUCGACGGGAGACGGCGGCGCCGACGCGCUCGUGGACGCGUCCGAGAAGGGCGGAGAGGGCCUUUGGGCGGGAUCGCAGCUGAGCGUCGCGACGGGCUUCCAGGUUCGCGGCGGCGCGAGGGCGGCGUGGGUAGGCGGUGUACAGCUGUUCUCGGACGAGUACAUUCAAAAAGCUCCUAUCGGAGCCAACCCCACUGGAGGGGCCAAGAGCGGCAAUCUGCAGUUUAUCAAGGACCUUGUGUCGUGGACGUUCCAAGAGUCGCUCGUCCUUCGAAUCGACAACACCACGCACCACCGUGUCGACGAAACCGCUCCUCGGGACCAUUACACCAUCUAUAACGAGAUUACUUACACCGCUCACAUCUCCAAGUACAACCCCUCAACCUCGAGCUGGGAACCGUACUCCGGCAUUACUGACCUGCAGCUCGAGUUCACGAUGCUCGACCCCCACAUCCGCACGUCGCUACCUCCCGUCCCCGGGAAAGCGGGCGAGUACUCGGUCACCUUCCGCGCGCCGGACAGGCACGGCGUGUUCAAGUUCGUCGUCGACUACAAGCGCAAAGGAUGGACGCAUCUACACAGCGACACUGUCGUGCCCGUCGUGCCACCCCGGCACGACGAGUAUCCGCGCUUCCUCAGCGCUGCCUGGCCCUAUUACGCCGGUGCGAUCAGCACCAGCGCGGGCUUUGUGCUGUUCUCGGCCUUCUGGCUGGCAGGGGAUGAUCGCGAUUCGAGGAAGAAGAAGACCUCCAAGGUCGAGUGAGCCCUGCCUAGGAUGUAACUUAUACUCUGCCCAACGUGCUGUCUGUUUUACACCAUACGAGUUGCCCAGGAGCUGGUCCCACUACGUCUCCAUCGUGACCGAUCGGCCGCGUAUCAUCGCCAACUACUGCUCCCUGACUCGUCGAUUAGUAGGUAACCUGACCACGACGUAUGCUCUAUUUCAGUCAUGGCAUAUGUAUGCAUGUACGCAAGUGAAAAGGGCUCUAAGAGAAAAGGUCC